AUGAAAUGACCUUUUGUCUUUCAAGUGCUUUUCAUGUAUGUCUUGCUUCAAAUGUAAAUGUAUAAUUGUCAACAAAAGGACACAACCUUUGCGUCUUGACAUCGCCCGUGUUAUGUAAGCAACCACUUUGCCAUUAGGCUAGACCGUUUUGAGUUACGAUUGUUGACAUUGAGUAAACACUCGUAGUCGCAAGACUCUCUGCAUGAAUAAACCACAACAGACGACAUAGACAAUCGGCAAGAUGUCAGCUGAGUCGCCUGUUCGGCCGACGCGCCGUGCCACGCGCAAAACAUUCGUGGUAGAAGAAUCUGACGACGAAUUGAGUCCUGUUCAAGAGGAGGAGAAGGAUGAAGAGUUUACGCCUGCGCCAAAACGCAGCCCGCGAAAGUCGACGAGAAGACAGACGAUUGCAAGCGCGGCAGCAACACCAAAACGCUCAGCUAGAGCACGAAAAGUCAAGACAGGCGAAGGAAUCGAGCCUACUCAGAUAUUCGACCCUGACGAAAGUAUGGCGCCCAGUGAAGCUGCAUCUCCUACGAAAAGUCCCUCACCGCGUAAACGAAAGAGCACUUCCCCUCGAAAAGGCCGUAGAUCCUCGGCGGCUCCUCCUGUACCCCCAUUACCCUCCGCCACCGACGAUACGCCAUCGCAAGCAGUGCUGCAGGCACAAGCAACACCUUUGAAGGACAUCACGAGUACGGCAUUGAACAAGAACGCGCAGUCGCUGCCGGACGCAGAUGUGUUCAAAUCUUCUCGACCUAUGGACAUGGUUAUGGAGAAGCCCAUGGAUAUUGUCAUCCGAGCAAGAGCCCAAGCUGUGCCAGUAGUGGAAGAGGCAACUGGGCCAAAGUCUCGGAUGGUGAUCCGACAGCUGGUCAUGAUCAAUUUCAAAAGUUACGCUGGACGACAGAUCGUUGGACCAUUCCACCCGUCAUUUUCUGCGGUUGUUGGUCCCAAUGGAUCUGGUAAAUCCAAUGUUAUCGACUCUUUGCUCUUUGUCUUUGGGUUUCGAGCCAGUAAAAUGAGACAGGGCAAAAUCUCGGCCCUGAUCCACAACUCAGCACAGCACCAAGACUUAAAUUACUGUGAAGUGGAGGUAUACUUUCAAGAAAUUGUAGACUUACCAGGAGGUAAGCAUGAGGUGGUACCGGACUCACAACUUGUUGUUUCACGGAAAGCAUUCAAGAACAAUUCUAGCAACUACUAUCUGAAUGGACGGACCACCAAUUUCACCACAGUUACGACAUUAUUGAAAGACAAAGGUAUCGACCUGGAUCACAAAAGAUUCUUGAUCCUUCAGGGCGAGGUCGAGUCUAUUGCACAAAUGAAACCGAAAGCUGCUAACGAGCACGACGACGGACUGCUGGAGUACCUUGAAGACAUUAUAGGGACAUCCAAAUACAAGACACCUAUCGAGGAAGCAGCAGUUGAGCUCGAAAGCCUGAACGAAGUUUGUAUUGAGAAGCAGGGACGUGUCCAACACGUUGAGAAGGAAAAGAACAACUUGGAAGACAAGAAGAACAAAGCCCUGACUUUCAUUCGUGACGAGAACGAAUUAGCAGAGAAACAAUCUGCUCUCUAUCAGAUUUAUAUUGCAGAAUGCGACGACAACACCAAAGUCACCGAGGAGGCCAUUCAACAAAUCCAAGGACAACUGGAUACCGAGCUCGAGAAACAUGCCGGUAAUGAGGAUGCCAUCAAAGAGUUGGAAAGGGCUUACAAUAAAGCUCUCAAGCAGUAUGAACGCAUUGAGAAACAGACUCAAGAACUUACCAAAGAGCUAGCUAAAUAUGACAAGGAAAAUGUCAAGUUUGAGGAAAAACGCAAGUUUAUCAACGGAAAGCAGAAGAAAGCCGACAAACAGGCCACAACGAGUCGAUUGACCGCAUCCGAAGCACAAAGCCUAGUAGAGAAACACACGGACGACAUUGAGAGGAAAACUGCCGAGAUAGCUGAGCUGGAACAAGAAAUGCAGAAAGAAGAACAAGAACUUGCUGUUAUUCGAGAGAACCUGAAAGGGAAAACACAAGGUCUAUCGGAUCAAAUAGCCGCCAAACAGAAGUCGCUGGAGCCAUGGAAUGCGAAGAUGAAUCAAAAGCAGUCUGAGAUCGCAGUAGCGCAGUCUGAGCUGGAUAUUUUGAAAGAGAAAGCAAACAGUGGGCAAAAGGCAAUUGACCAGGCAAAUGAGAAGAUCGAGAGCAUCGAAGCCAGCAGAGAAUCUAAACUGGAGGAGAUUGAGCAGCAUAAGCAUGCAAAAGCCCGACUUGAGAAAGAUGUCAGGAAAAUCCAAGAUGCCUUACAGAAGCUUGCAGCGAGUGAGCCUGAAGUUCGAUCGCAGAUCUCUUCGGCAAGACAGAAGGCUGAUGAAGCGCGGGCCAGUCUCGCAAGCAGCCAAAACCAAGGCAAUGUGCUCAAAGGCCUGCUGCGGCUCAAGGACUCUGGACGGAUCGAUGGCUUCCAUGGCCGCCUUGGAAAUCUCGGCACCAUCGAUGAGAAAUUCGACGUCGCUAUUUCCACGGCUUGUCCAUCCCUAGAGAACAUGGUCGUCGAUAACGUUGAAGUUGGACAACAAUGUAUCGAGUAUCUGCGGAAAAAUAACCUAGGCCGUGCCAACUUCAUCCUGCUCGAUAAGCUGGCACAGCGCGAUCUGUCCGCCAUACAGACACCUGAAAAUGUCCCGCGACUUUUCGAUCUCAUCAAGCCAAAGGAUGAACGUUUUGCUCCCGCAUUCUACAGCAUCAUGCAGAACACUCUCGUUGCAAAAGACCUUGAGCAAGCUAAUCGGAUUGCCUACGGAGCCAGGAGAUGGCGCGUGGUCACCCUCGACGGCCAGCUGAUCGAUGUCUCCGGUACCAUGAGUGGCGGUGGCACUCGUGUUGCCCGUGGCGCAAUGUCGUCCAAGCCGGUAUCUGAAACGACGAGAGAGCAAGUACAGAAGCUUGAAGACGACCGGGAUCAGCUAGAAAGGCAAUUUGAGACUUUCCAAGCGCGACAAAGAGAACUUGAGACUAGCUUACAAGAAAAGCAAGAGGAGAUCCCGAGGCUUGAGACAGUUAUCCAAAAGAUCAACUUGGAGGUCGAGAAUUGCAGCAGGAAUCUCACAGAUGCGCAAAAGCGCGUCCAGGAUCUCAUAGCGGAGCUUGCUACUACGUCUGCGGACGAUUCCCAGAUUAAAGCUCUCGAAAAGCAGAUAGCUUCGAUGAACAAAGAGCUUGAGAAGCUACACUCGGAAACCGCUAGUGUUGAGGGCGAGAUCCAGGCGCUUCAAGAUAAGAUCAUGGAAGUGGGUGGUAUCCAGCUUCGCACGCAGAAAGCUAGGGUGGACGGACUCAAAGAGAGGGUUGAUCUGCUCAACGAUGAUAUCUCUACUGCCGAGGUUGCGAGAACCAAGAACGAGAAGCUCAAAGUCAAGAACGAAAAGGCAAAGGCUGAUGCUGAAAAAGAGAUUGAGACCCUGUCGAAGGACUUGGAGCGCUUGGAAGAUGACAUCGAAAAGCACAAGGCCGCUGCGGCAGAUUUGAGAAGCCGAAGCGAACAAUCUCAGGAAGAGCAAGACACCAUGAAGGAAGAACUUGGAACAUUCAAGAAGAAUCUUGAUUCUCAGACCUCGGAGUUGAAUUCUACUCGAGCGCUAGAGAUCGAAAUGAAGAACAAGCUUGAAGAAAACCAGAAGGUUCUUUCGGACAAUCACAAAAAGAGUCGCUACUGGGCGGAGAAGUUGUCCAAAUUAUCCCUACAUGAUGUUGCUGAUCUGGAGGGUGUUCCUGAAGAACAGCCAGCAGAAGAGCAGACAAAAAAAGAGCCCCCAUCUUCCGAUAACGAACAAGAAAUGACAGAUGCUCCUCCGGAGAUGGAAGCUGAUCCUGAUGCUAUGGACGUUGAUGAAGAAGAGCAGUCUGAAGAGCAGCCAGACUUGUCCACCCAGAAGCAGCAAGCACGACGAGAACUACAGACAUUUACUCGCGAUGAAUUGAGUGAUAUGUCUAAAGAUCAUCUCGUCGCGUCUAUCGCAGCCCUGGAGGAAAAAGUUGGCAACACAUCGGGCAUCGAUCUUUCAGUGAUCGCCGAAUAUCGACGGCGCUGUGAGGAAGUAGCUUCACGUACAAGCGACCUCAGGGGUGCUGUCAAGACAAGAGACUCGGCCAAGACGCGUCUCACCGACCUUCGCAACCUUCGACUUACCCAAUUUAUGACGGGCUUCACGACGAUCUCGUCCCAUCUCAAGUCUAUGUACCAGCUUAUCACGCUUGGCGGCAAUGCAGAACUUGAGCUUGUCGACAGUCUCGACCCUUUCUCUGAGGGGAUCUUGUUCAGCGUCAUGCCGCCCAAGAAAAGCUGGAAAAAUAUCGGUAACUUGUCUGGUGGAGAGAAGACGCUCAGCUCUUUGGCAUUGGUGUUUGCAUUGCAUGUCUACCGACCCACGCCAUUAUAUGUCAUGGACGAAAUCGAUGCCGCCUUGGAUUUCAGAAAUGUGUCCAUUGUUGCAGGCUACAUCAAGGAACGAACAAAGAAUGCACAAUUUAUCGUUAUUUCCUUACGAAAUAACAUGUUUGAGCUUGCAGAACGGCUGGUUGGUAUCUACAAGGUCAACCACAUGACCAAGAGUGUGACGGUUGAGAAUCAAGAUUACCUCGCCCGAGGUCGCCAGCGGCAGAUCCAGGCACAACAGCAAAACCAUGGCGGACCUGGUGUACAGGCUGGACAAAUCCGGUGAUAUUUAGGAGCGAACCUCGGGUGAACAGCCCAUUUGAUGAUAUUAUGAUGCGUUAGGAGCAAAUCCAUGGGCUUCUGGGAUCCGAACAUACUGGGGAAUAUGAGGAUACCUAAUGAGGAGCAAGAUGUACAGUCAUGCAUAUACUAAGGGCCCAAGAAAGCAUACAAUCCUCGUUGUGCCUUGAGUUAUUGGUCUAUUCAAUCUACCUCCUCUUCUUCUUGUCUAGACUACGGAAUACUUUUACUCAUCCAUGGUACUCCGUACCCUAAGGGCCAUUGACAUUGACAUUGACACCAAAU